ACUUGUCAUUAGAUGGCACUCAAAUUAAACUCUUUUGUUCAACUAUAAAAACCCUCUCUUCCCUCACCAUUAUUUUCACUGCUAACCCUUCCAUCAACUCUUACUUCACAGACAUCCUCGUCAACCUAUAUACUUAAGUAGCCAAUGGCCAUCAGUCCCCAAACUCUUGCUUUUGUCUUUGGCCUUUUAGGCAACAUUAUCUCUUUUAUGGUCUUCCUAGCUCCAUUGCCAACAUUUUACAAGAUAUACAAGAAGAAGUCGGCGGAAGGUUAUCAGUCUGUACCUUAUGUGGUUGCGUUAUUCAGUGCUAUGCUUUGGAUUUACUAUGCUCUUCUCAAAACAAACGCAACCUUUCUCAUUACCAUCAACUCCUUUGGCUGUGUCAUUGAGUCUCUUUACAUUCUUCUCUUCAUUAUCUACGCCCCAACUAAGUUAAGGUUCCAAACGGCUAAGGUUAUAUUUUUGUUGAAUGUGUUGGGGUUCGGGUUGAUGCUGGCUUUGACUCUCGUCUUAGCUAAAGGAGAAAAACGUCUCAAAGUUCUUGGGUGGAUUUGCUUGGUCUUCAAUCUCAGUGUCUUCGCUGCACCCCUUUUCAUCAUGGGAAAAGUGAUAAAGACGAAGAGCGUGGAGUAUAUGCCUUUUGCACUCUCAUUCUUUCUCACUCUCAAUGCAGUCAUGUGGUUCUUUUAUGGCCUUCUUCUCAAAGACUAUUACAUUGCUCUACCAAACGUGGUGGGGUUCGUGUUUGGCAUAAUCCAGAUGAUCUUGUACGUAAUUGUCAAGCAUAUUGGAAACAAAAGCCGCAUCCCAGUGAAGGACGAGAAGGCAGCAGCGCCCCCGCAGCUUCACGAAUUGUCAGAACAAAUAAUCGAUGCAGUCAAACUUGGGACCAUGGUUUGCACAGAACUAAACCCUGUGCCCGUCACAGUUCUUCAGCCAAACAUGGACGUGGUGGACGCGGUGGUUGAAGCUGUCAUCGACAAUAUCCAAAAGAAGAAAGACCAAGACAUCAUAACUAACUAAUCAUUCCAUCUCUCUAUUGCACCCGCUCAUCAAUUAAUUGUGGACGUUCUUAAGUUGUAGGCAGUUUAGUUCACUAAUUAGUAUAGUCUAGUAUAGUAUAGUAGGAGUACUAUAUUAUUAAUUAUGUGUUAUUUGUAGUAGUGGAUCUCAUACAUCCAUCAGCUCCGUCGUAAUCGUAACCUAUAUAGAGAGGCCUUCAAAACCCACCCCCAUGUCCGGUGGGGCCUCUCUUAAUUCAUCUCUCUAUCUUAAUUUGUUGUUUGUAAUUUGUAUUAUUGUAUCAAUCAUUUCUAACUUAAUGUUAGGUCUUUGGGUUAAUUUCCAAAUCAAUUAACGUUUUAUUCUUCCA